ACACAAGCCCGAGGUCUCUGUCCAAUUGAACUGUAAGAGGUUGAGUUCCUGCCUGCGUUUGCCCGGUAGCCGCAUCCCACAAGGGCGAACAACGGAAUUGAGUUUUCUCCUGUUCCCAAACUUUACUCUGAGGAAAGCGGAUUAAGGACGGAGUUCACUGACACUGCGUUUUGAGAAAGACGGAAAGGAAAAAGAAGCCCUUCAGUAAACAACAAAGCUCUCCUUUACAAAUGCUGGUUUCCCAAGGUGGAAAAUCCACAAACUGAUUUCCGUGCCCUCAAUUUUCCCUCUCCCCACCGCCACCAAAUCAGAAGUAAAUCGGAGCCGUGAAGUCCUCUAGGCGCGCCUCUAAAUGACCCCGCGGAGGAGCGGUAUGGGUGAUGUCAUAGCAGCGCGACGACAGGAAGUAAGCUCCUGGGCUGCGGUGCUGCGCAGAGUCCCGAGGUCCUGAGUCUGACAGCAUCGCGAUCUCCUCUCCCAUCUUUCUUCUCGCCGCCAUGGAUGAUUCCUGCGAGUCGCCCACGGAAAAAGGUGGAGAGACAGGGGAGUCAGAUGAGACGGCCGCUGCUCCUGGAGGCCCGGGGGUUACUGACGCGGACGGAAUCCCGGAGGAAACUGACGGAGACGCAGAUGGGGAAUUGAAAGAGGCCUCGGCUGAAGAAGGCGAGCUCAAGAGUCAGGAUAUCUCAGAUUUAACAGCAGUUGAAAGGGAAGACUCAUCAUUACUUACUCCUGCAGCCAAAAAACUGAAAAUAGAUACCAAAGAAAAGAAAGAGAAGAAGCAGAAAGUGGAUGAAGAUGAGAUUCAAAAGAUGCAAAUCCUGGUUUCUUCUUUUUCUGAGGAGCAGCUGAACCGUUAUGAAAUGUAUCGCCGGUCAGCUUUCCCUAAGGCAGCCAUUAAAAGGCUGAUCCAGUCCAUCACUGGUACCUCUGUGUCUCAGAAUGUUGUUAUUGCUAUGUCUGGUAUUUCCAAAGUUUUCGUCGGGGAGGUGGUAGAAGAAGCACUGGAUGUGUGUGAGAAGUGGGGAGAAAUGCCACCGCUACAACCCAAACAUAUGAGGGAGGCUGUUCGGAGGCUGAAGUCGAAGGGGCAAAUUCCCAACUCGAAGCACAAAAAAAUCAUCUUCUUCUAAACCACAGUCUAGAAGGGCCUGGUACUGAAGGAAGAAGUACUCAUUCCAGACUUUCUAUUGCAUGAGACUCUCUGCACUGGUGCUUUAGUAUCUCAGUCCUCAAAGGAUUCCAUGAUGCUUUAAUCUCUUCCUCAAAACUCUCAUAUUCAUUAUACCUUGAAGGCAUGCAGCCUGUUUCAUACUUGCCUUGACUAAAUAUUGGGACCUCUGAGGGCAUUCUGAGGCAUUUAACUAUUACUGGAUAGUUGGAAGAAGAAAGGUUGAUGAACCUUAAGCAUCUUCUGGACAGGAAUGCUGCUUUCAGAAAGAAAACCCUUCCAAGACGGUUUGACGGUUUCACAUUGAAGCCUGAAGUUGCAAUGACUUAGGUUGUUUCUUACAUUUGGUUUUAAGUAAAUGAAACAAUCAGAAACUUUUGACUUGUGAUACUCUACCAUGAAGGACACGGUGACAGCAGGAGUAGUGGAAUAGUCUGUCCUUGUAAACAUUUUGGUGAGUGAUCAUUAAACUGUUUUCCAACUUGC